GCUGUUCAAUGAGUGCUGUGUUAUAGCAGUGGCUGUCUAUGCGUUUUUGCCAUUGCUUUCCCAUUGCCUUCUCGUUUCAGUUAGUAAUCAGUUGUUCAUAGAGUGAAGACUUGUGGCAAAUAUGGCCGAACCGAACGACUCGAGUCUAGCCUUCUUCUCGAAGGCAACGCCGAAACAGUGGUCUUAUAUUUGGGCCAAAUAUUCAGAAGUACUCAGCCUUAAGGCCGAAGAGCGGAAUCGCAAGAAGGGAGGCCCACAAGAGCUCAUCAAACUUGACAAUUGGUAUCAAGAGCAUUUGCCUCAAAAAAUUCAUUCGCGUAAAGACCCUCAUAUAAUUCACGAAGAGUUGGUCCAAAUAGCUAAAUGGAAAUUAAUGAGAGGCAAAUAUCGGCCCAAACUUCUAGAUUUGGUGCGAAUAAACACAGAGCUGGCAGUAUUAACCAUCAGUAAAAAGGCGUUUAGAAAAAUGUAUCACCAAAAAAAUCUGUCCCAAGCCAUCAAUGCGUUGAUUACGCUGAAGGGUAUCGGACCCGCCACCGCUUCCGCUGUAUUGUCGGCCGCAUAUCCAGAACAGGCGCCUUUCAUGGCCGACGAGUGUAUGCUCUCUACGCCUGGAGUCGAGGCCAACGACUAUACGCUCGCAGAAUAUAACACAUACAGCGAACAAAUCAAGAACUGCGCCGAAAAACUUAAACAAAGUGAUCCCGAUUUCAAAUGGACGCCGCAUAAAGUGGAUCAGGCCCUGUGGGCCCACUACUUGGCUCGAGAGCUGAAGCCUGAGAUAAUAGAUGGAAUGCCGGCCGCAGACGGAUCCGAACGGAACGUAAUCAAGAAUACGUCAGAAGAAGAUUCAGUGGACACGACUGAUAUAACGUCCGCAAUACCGACGCUACCCGUGUUGAACGGCAAAGCGGGCACUUCUCUGUCCGAUGAGAACUCUUCUGGUCCGUCGUCCGAAGUGGAAGACAAGAGCAAUGACUCGUUACAUAUUCCCCAUAAGAAAUAUAAAUAUGGAAAUGGAAACGGAAAUAUCGGGACUAUAAUGAACGGCGAGGACAGUAAGGACUUGGGCUCCGAGUGUGUGGAGAGCGAAGACUCGCGAAUUAUGGCGUCCGAAGAGAACAGCGUUGAAAACGGUUCGGACGUGAGUCUAGAGCCGGCAUUAAAGAAGCAAAGAGUCGAUGCGACCGAACUGUCGGCUGUGGCCGUCGGAGAAGACGCCCAGUUAUAGGGUUUUAAGCGUUUAAUUAUCAUUAUUUUAUUUUAAUAUUUUUUAUCAAAUAUAUAAACGACAAAAAACACAUUUGUACCCCUCUUUUGGUGGC